AUGGACUCAAGGACUGCGGAGAUUAGAAUGAGGCGGUCACCUUUGUCGAGUAACCUAGCACGCCAGCCAGACAGCAGUUUGCGGGAGCGCUCUAGGAUGGGGUCGAAAGCAUUGGAGGGAGGUUUCGUAGGGGAGAGAGGGAGCCCGAGAUCCAGGCCAUCAGGUUACCCAGAGAAAGAUCACCAUAUCCAACCUGGGGGUUUUCGCAACGGGGUGGUGAAGCUGGUGGAGAACCACCCGGCGUCGGCGGUGGGACCUCCCGACAGCGGGCCGGUCUGGUGCAAGGCGCUGCUGCACACGCCCACGGGGGAGGUGGUCGCCUCCUAUGCCUCGCUGGAGCGCAAGCUCGUCGCGCUCGGCUGGGAGCGCUACUAUGCUGGUGGGGGUGGCGCCGCCGGCGACUGCAUGCUCAGGUUCCACAAGCGUUCCUCCGUCGACCUCAUCUUCCUCCCCAAGGACUUCGGCCAGUUCAGCUUCGUCCACAUGUACGACGUCGUCAUAAAGAACCGCGACGCCUUCCGCGUCAUCGAUGUCUAG